CAGGAUGGAAGCAUUUGUGGAAAGAACUGUGGAAGUGAACGGCAUAAAGAUGCACAUGGUUGAGAAAGGACAAGGCCCCGUCGUGCUUCUUCUGCACGGUUUCCCUGAGCUGUGGUACACAUGGCGGCACCAGAUCCCGUAUCUCAGCAACCGCGGCUACCGUGCGGUGGCUCCGGAUCUCCGCGGCUACGGCGACACCGAUGUCCCAUUGGGCAUCAACAGCUACACAUGCUUCCAACUCGUCGGUGACAUCGUCGCCCUCAUCCACUGUCUGGGCGUCGACAAAGUCUUCCUCGUCGGUCACGACUGGGGAGCCGUUCUUGGCUGGUACCUCUGCCUCUUUCGGCCUGAAAUAGUUAAAGCUUUUGUAUGCCUCAGUGUCCCCUUCGGACUCGCUAAUAAGAGAGACCCCACAGUCCGAACCGUAGAUAAAUUUCGCGACUUAUUCGGCGAAGACUACUACAUCUGUAGAUUCCAGGAACCGGGGGAGAUGGAGAAAGAAAUGGCUCAAGUCGGAACUCCAUAUGUGCUGAAGAAUAUCCUUACCACUCGAGAGCCGGGUCCUAUAAUCUUUCCGAAAGGAGAGUAUGGCACCGGUUUCAAUCCCCAUAUGCCAAAGGACCUGCCCUCCUGGCUCACUCAACAUGAUCUCAACGUGUAUAUUGCCAAAUUCGAACAGACCGGCUUCACCGGUGGCUUGAACUACUACAGAGCUCUCAACCCGAACUGGGAGCUGACGGCACCGUGGACCGGAGCAAAAAUCAGCAAAGAUGUUCGAGUGAGGUUCAUAACGGGCGAGUUAGACAUGGUUUACACCACGCCUGGGAUCAAAGACUACGUUCAUGGUGGUUCAUUCGAGAGAGAUGUGCCUGGUUUGGAGGAUAUAUUCGUGCAAAAGGGAGUGGCUCACUAUAACAAUCAGGAAGCAGCAGACGACACCAGCUUUCGCAUUUACGAAUUCUUCUCCAAGUUCGGAUAGAUGCGUCUGAUCUCGCCCUGCUCCUGUGCUUGCAUUUGCAACAUCCAUUAGUAUGUGUGGUACUAUGAAUUGCGUGUUGCUCUUUGAUUUCGUCUUUAUACUCAUAAUUAUCCCGUUCAGGCUUGCCGGUAUAGUCCGUUGUGUUAAAAUAAAGUGAACUUUUUUU